ACCGAGACCUUAUAUGCCGUUCAAAAUGAGCUGUUGGCCAGAACUGGAUUACUUCCAUUGUUGCUGCUACUCCUGCAGCUUAAAAAAUGCAACCGUUUCGUUAGCAUGGAUCCAAGCGAUUGCAAGUAUCCUCCAGCUGGCUUGGUUAUUGGUACAUCUGGUAAAGUCCGAGGAACUUGGACAGAUCUUUGAGUUCUGGAAAAAUACACUUUGCAUUGAAAACAUUACACAUCUCUUCGGGUUCGAUUCGAGAGACCUGUGCAUCGCUUUGGUUUCCGAAGCUUCGAUUCUCGCACUGUGCUGCAUGUUAUUGUUAUAUGGAGCUCACAGAGAGAAACCAGGCUUCAUGGUUCCUUAUCUGAUAGUCUGUCAGCUGGGGAUAGGGCUGUUGGUGAUAAUCACCGCCAUCAUUGGCUUCAGCGAGAUUUUCAGGUUGUUUAUCGUCGGCCUGGGAAUUAUUAUGGCCGGCUCAACACUUGUUGUUAUUGCAUCUUAUCUGUGGUUGGUGAAGUACAGUUUCUACCGAAAGCUGAUAGAAAGAGAUCGCAGGUCGAGGGUCCAGAAAGAUGAAGUUCCUACUGAGAAACCGACAACCGAGCAAGAGACACUCGCUUAAAGACAAAGUUCUCUGCAUUGUUUGCACUCUCCUGCCACAUGUAGUUCCACAGAAACGAAUAUAUUAACGUUUAUAUUUUAAUUUAUUUAACAAGUAUCUGAUAAGCUCUAUCGACACGUAUAACUGCUCUUCUAGAUUCAAGAAUCAAUAUAAACCGUGAUAGUCGUGAUAAAAGCUUAAAUUGAGGUUCAGCUGAAACAAACCCCCAUUAAUUCAAUUUCUUUUGCACUGCAUCUCACAUAAUUUUAAAACUUAUUUUAGAUGUGAUAAAACUUACGUCGAUGCACAGAACUUUUAAUGAAUGCAGUAAUCGAAAAAGAGUUCCUUUAUCUUUAAAGUUUAAUGUUUGCAGCCUGUCUCUUUUAAAUGCAUAUAUAUGCAUGUUUUAUUGUGUGUGUGUUUGUAAUAUGAUUUUAGAUCUAAACACUGAAAAAUAUACCUCGGUCAUUUUUUUAAGCUACAAAGUGUGCAUCAAAGAGAAAUGAUUUCUUUAAUAUUUAAUUCGUCACCCCCUUUGUUCAUUUUCUUUAUUUCCUUGUUGCUUUAAUGCAUAUUCCCGUCCCGUUCCUUUCAUUUGUGUUUCUUGUCUUUAUUUCGCUCGCUACUUAUUCGUUUUCUUUAUCUCAUUCUCUCUAAAACAUGUUAUUAUAGAGGAACAUCAAUUUAAAUACAAGCUGUGCUACGUGUUAGAUUAUUUUAAUGUUUUUCGUGUGUUGUACUCCCACAAAAACAUGAAAACAUUAAACUGUUUUAUAUGCUACAGAAAAAAAUUUCUUCAUGUAGUCAAUCAUGUUUUAUUGAGGAAAUCAAAUAAAAAAUCCAUGAAUAUUAUAUUGUC